GUUUUUCUCCAAAUACAAUAGUCAAAUUUUGUAAAAUAUUUAGAAAUCUAGUUAUCAAUACUCUUACUGAAGAAGAUGAAAUUAUAGGUAGUGAUAAGAUUAUUUGUGAGAUUGAUAAGAGAUAUUCAAAACUUGAAGAAUUAGAAAUAAAACAUGUUCAUAUUAAUUAUUCAAAAAGAAAUAUUGAAUAUUUAAAAAGAAAGAUUCAUUCAAAUACAAUUGAAGGAACUUGGGUUGCUUUAAAGAAGUUUAUACCAAAAUACAAUAGACGUAAAGAUAAAAUUAAACUUUAUUUGAAAGAAUUUAUAUG